CGUUGAGCAAGUCACGUCAGUAGAAGUUAAAUUGUUUGAAUUUCAGAGCUCCAAGAUGGCCGGCAGUUCCAAGAUUGUGGAUCAGAGUUUUGCCUGGUACUCCAGCUUCUACGGCACCAUCAAGCAGAUGCCCAUCAAUAUUGCACUCGUGAUCGUUUCGACCAUCGUAUUCUACAAGGUUGUGAGACUUUCCAGGCGUCUUCACCGCGGUCAGGAUCCAAGGGAACCGGCUAAGGCUAAUGGUGGCCAACGGAAGCUACCCCCUCUGCUGAAGGACUUCACGAUCCCGGAACUUCGCGAAUACGACGGAACCCGGGAGGACGGUCGCAUCCUGUUGGCCGUCAACUUUAAUGUCUACGACGUGUCGCGAUCCAUGCACUAUUAUGGACGCGGCGGUGUUUACCCAAGCUAUGCCGGUCGGGAUAUUUCACGGAACUUGAUCCAUUUUUCGGUGGAGUCAAAUGAAAGCGAAGAAUACGAUGACUUGUGCGAUCUUUCAACCAGCCAAAUGAACACUUUAAGGGAGUGGGAUCAGCAGUACAAGGAAAAAUACCCAUUUGUUGGAAAACUUUUGCGCCCAGGAGAGGUUCACACCAACUAUGACGACGAGGAGGAUUCGGAGUAGGAGCAGUAAGUUCCGUAACUGGAAUGAAGACGACUUUUGUAAACGUACAAUUAUUUGCGGGAAUUCAAAUAAAAAGAAACUGAAUGAGUUGGUCUGUGGUCCGAUUCUACAAAUA